AGUGUUGUAGCGUGACGCUGUUGCAGCUCGUCGCAGACGGCAAACAUGGACGUCACACGUGAGACAACGACCUGAACCGGAUCCAGAGACCAGCGGGAGCAGACAGCGGAUCCCGCACGUGAAGGACAGACGGCAUGACCGAGGAGAAAUGUCCCCAGCUGGUGGACUACUUCGUAGUAGCAGGUCUCGACCCUGCGGGGGCCUGGAGGCCAUUGGACGAGGAUGCCAAAACCUGCACCUCCUCCUGUUCGUCCUCGUCCAGAGCAGUGGAGUCGGUGACGGAUCUGGCGGUCAUCGCUCGGGGGCUCGGCGAGGAGGUGCCGGAGGGCUUCACCUGCAUCGAGAGGACGCUGGGCGGCCACUCGGCCGAGCUGAGCGCCGGCCUCAUCAACAACCCUCACCUGUACCUGUGCUACCGCCGAGGACGGGACAAGCCGCCCAUCCUGGACCUGGGGGUUCUGUAUGAGGGGAAGGACCAGCUGAAGCAGAGCUGGUACGUCAUCGAGACGACGCCCUACAGCCGCUCGGCCAGCCUGAGCUCUGGUGGCGCCCCCACGGCUCACCGGGUGUUCCUGACGUACCGACGGGCUCUCGACUCGCAGGGCCUCCACAUGCUGGGCGUCACGGACAUCGGCCUGCUGCUGCCCAGCAAGGGAGAGGUCGCCCCGCACACCUUCUGCCGAGUGGACAAGAACCUCAACACCGGCAUGUGGGGUCCAGCUCUGUAUGUGUGCUACAAGAGAGCUGUGGCCAAAGCCAACGCCCUGCUCUACAAAGCCAGUCUGAUCAGCCGCUACCCGGAUGAGGACCUGGUGGCGUUUCCUCUGCCGGAGUCGGUGCCUCUCUUCUGCCUGCCGAUGGGCGUCACCGUGGAGAGCUGGCCUCUGAACACCAAGUACCAGCUGCCCGUCUUCUCCACCUUCGUCCUCACCUCCGCCUCUGGGGACAAGGUUUACGGAGCAGCCAUCCAGUUCUACGAGUCCUUCUCCAGAGAGCUGCUGUCAGAGAGGCAGAGCGUGAGGCUCGGCCUCCUCAGCGUGGUCGACCGGCGACCCAUCACCAACCGCAGCCUGCAGGUCAAGAAGAGCAUCUGCGUGCUCUCCCAGUGGCCCUUCUUCACCGUCUUCCAGAAGUUCCUUACCUUCAUCUACAGAUACUCCAUCUCCGGGCCCCACGUGCUGCCGCUUGAAAAACAUAUCUCCAGCUUCAUGCACAACGUCCCGUUUCCUUCGCCUCAGCGGCCGCGAAUUCUCGUUCAGCUCUCUCCGUAUGACAACCUGCUCCUCUGCCAGCCGGUGUCCUCUCCUCUCCCACUCAGCGGGGCCAGCUUCCUGAAGCUGCUCCAGAACCUGGGUCCGGACCACGCCUGCUCUCUGCUGCUCGCCGUCCUCCUGGAACACAAACUGCUGCUGCACUCGCUGAGGCCCGACGUGCUGACCUCCGUCAGCGAGGCCCUCGUCUCCAUGAGCUUCCCCCUGCGCUGGCUCUGCCCCUACAUCCCCCUGUGUCCGCUGCAGAUGGCCGACGUGCUGCUGGCCCCGAUGCCCUUCAUCGUGGGCGUCCACUCCAGCUACUUCGACCUGUACGACCCCCCCACGGACGUGGUGUGUGUGGACCUGGACACCAACACCCUCUUCCAGUCUGAUGAAAAGAAGCCGUUGUCGUGGCGAUCGUUACCGAGGAAGCACGGCAAGACUCUGUUCAACAGCCUCAGCGUCCUCCACAAGACCCUGGAGAAGAUCUGCACCCCCGGCCAAGAGGAGGCCACGCUGGAGUUCCUGCUGACGGACUACGACCAGAUCUACCGCAGCCAGAAGCAGCUGGAGCUGGAGAUCCAGGAGGCCUUCCUCCGCUUCAUGAGCGGCCUGCUGAGAGGCUACCGCAGCUUCCUGCUGCCCAUCACUCAGGCGCCCUCCGACACCACCACGGACUGCAGCUCGCUGUUCAACCUGCAAGGGUUCCUGAAGUCUCGGGACCGAACGCAGCAGAAGAUCUACGGCCAGCUGACCAGGACUCAGAUGUUCACGCAGUUCAUCGAGGAGUGCUCCUUCGGCAGCGACCGGCACGCCUGCCUCGAGUUCUUCGACGAGUGCGUCCAGAAGGUGGACGUGGAGAAGCCGGAGGAGGUGAGGCUGAUUGACCUGGAUGAGACUCAUGGUGGAGAACACACGGUGUUCAUCAUGCCUCCGGAGGAACCGCAGGAACCCGACGGGUCCGAGUGUCCGGCGCUCUACAGUUAUGAAACCUUCCCCGCCUUGAAGCCGGAGCUCCUCCAACGACCCCAGGACCAGAUCCGGGUACCGGCCAAGGGCAGCGCCCCCAGCAGCCCCGCCCCCCGCCGCACCAAACAGGAGAUCAAGCUGGCCCAGAAGCGAGCCCACAAGUACUCCGCGGUGCCGGACAUGUGGUCCAAGUGCCUGCUGGGCCACUGCUACGGCCUCUGGUUCAUCUACCUGCCCACCUUCGUGCGGGCGGAGGCCGCCAAGGUGCGCGCGCUGCACACGGCCCACGACAUGCUCAAGCACAUGGAGAACCGCAAGGUGGUGCUGCCGGACGAGGUGUGUUACAGGAUCCUCAUGCAGCUAAGGUAUAUAACACCAUGUACGGUACUACAACAAGGUAUAUACACCAUCACCCACGAAGCGACGAUGGAUCCCGACCAGAGGCCCCUCCCCCACUUAACUCUGAUUCGUCAAUCCAGUUGGAGCGUUAUGUCCGAGAGCUGCAGCCAUGAGUCUCUGACGGGCUCGAUGUUGAAGAGCAGCAGUCUGAGCAGCAUGAAGACGCCCACAGACAAGGUGAAGCUCUGCACGAAGACCAUCCACCGUCUUGCAGGGUCCAACGGCUGCUGUGACUCUGUCUCCUGUAAGCCUCCGAUGGGACACAGGGACACCUCCAGCAGGCCUGCGGCGCCCCCCAGUGGCCUCCUGGUCCGACGGAGUCAGGUCUGCCUCUCCACCUUCUACAAAGACUGUGCAGAGUCGGCCGACUCCGAGCCGGACGGCAGCUGCCAGCCGGCAGAAAGAGGCGGCAGACCUGAAGGGACACGAGACUCUGCUGGCAGGAAUAAAGCUGUGGACGAAAACUACAACAACGUCUCCUCCCCUCCCCGAGGAGGUCUGGCAGGAAAGCUCCAGCAGCUUCUCACGCCCACGAGACACAGAGCGUUGGUUCGACGAGCCGCCAGCGUAGACGACCGGAGACCAGCAGGACGGGGGGGACGGACGGUGUCCCAACAGAGACCGUCCAGGAAAACUCAAGUGGCUGAAACAUUGCUGAAGGCUAAGGAGAGGCUGGUCAGCGCUACCUCAGAGAGUUCGCUGUCUGUUGGAAGUGACCUCGACUUGACGGACACGCCCUGUCCAGCCUUUCCUCUGCGCCGGUCUUGGGACGCCGGCCAAGAGGGGGCGGGGCUGGAGGUGCUGAUGUCCAGCUGCUCUCUGUGUCGCAGCUGUAACUCUCUGGUUUAUGACGAGGAGAUCAUGGCCGGAUGGACGUCGGACGACUCCAACCUGAACUCGUCCUGCCCGUUCUGCAGCGCGUCCUUUGUCCCCUUCCUGAACGCUGAGCUCUGUGACCUGGGACCUGUGGGCAGUGUGGAGCGCGCCAACUGGAACAUGGAGGAUGAGGUGGAGAGCGCUGCGAGGCCCCCUAGUGGUCAGGAGGCGUCCCUGCGUGGAGACUCGAGCUCCGAGACCAGCAGCUACUCAGAAAGCAGCAGAACCACCACGGCUUCCUCGGUGGGCGGCGCCCCCCAGGUGACAGUGGCCUACCUGAGCCCUCUGGUCCUGAGGAAGGAGUUGGAGAGUCUGCUAGAGAACGAGGGUGAGGCGGUCCUGGCCCAGCCUCAGUUCCUGGAAAACCACUCCAUCAUCUUCUGGAACCUGCUGUGGUACUUCCAGCGCCUCGGUCUGCCCAGCAACCUGCUCCAGCUGGUCAGCGCCUCGCCGCUGGGCCGCCAGGUCACACAGGUGGAGAACUGUGCAGUGAGGGUGAGGCUCCUCUGGGACACUCUGGCCCCCGACACAGAGCAGUGGCCCCCCCUCUACAUCCUCUGGAGGAUCCACAGUGGCGUCCCGAUGAGAAGCUACAACUGGCGGAGACACAAUCACCCGUUCACGCUGUCCUUCCUGGAGGAGGUGCUGCGCUGGGUCGGCAUGAACGAGGUGCACAAAGCCGCCACCCUGUUCCUGGACACGCUGGCCAAGCAGCCGGGCUCCGCCCACACUCAGAGGAGUUUGUACAGAGAGUUCCUCUUCCUCACUCUGGCAGCUAUGGGCAAAGACCACGUCGCUGCUUUCGAUAAGAAGUACAAGGCGGCGUACUCUCGGCUCAGUGGCACUCUGGGUCGGGAGGAGUUGCGUCGGAAGCGGGCUCAGCCUCCCGGCCCCAAGGCCGUGGACUGCAGACGCAGCUUCCAGCCGCCGCUCGAGUGCUGAUGACCUGGGAACAAGAGGUCAGCGGCCUUCCUCCCUGUGAGGGGGAGGAGGAAGAUAACUCCCCGCUGUCUUCGCCUGCUUGGACUCCUCCCCGCCGCCCCCUGGUGGAGGUCAGAGUGUUGCACUCCUUCCUGUCCUUCGUAGCUCUGUUUGCCUCGUCGAUGUGGAUCCAGACGCUCUUCAUCUUCAUCGUGCUGGCGGAGCUGAUCUGGACUGAAAGGCUUUCUGAGCCAAGAAGUCCGCGUCAUGGGAAGGAGGUUGAUGCAUGUCCAGAAGAAUCUGCUGAGUCGCUGUAACUUUGUGUUUUUCCCUGUUUGUUAAAAUCCAGAUCGGAGAGAGUUUGACCCCCAGUAGUUUGAUGAUGUCAGCCGUGUGACGACAGUUUUUGUAGAAAUCGCUGGUAGAAGGAUUGAAGAGGCAGAGUAGACCUCAACACGACUCUCUGACUCCUUUGUGUUGGCUGGCGGCCGGUUACAGGAAGUCACAAACUAAUCACCAACAACGAGCUGUGACCGUCACCCCUCAACCAUCUCUUUCUGGUUACAGUCUACAAGCGAGUGUAAAGCUUGAGACUGAAGGGAAGUCGUCAUCGUCCCUCACACCGGACAGGAAGCUCAGACGGCUUCUUCCUGAACACCGACCGACAGAUUCACUCACAGUUCAAAGGACGAAAAUAUCGAAAACAAAAAUAUCGAAAACAACUCAAAUCUUCUUGAAAUAAAGAAGUCUCCGUGGACUUCAGACUCAGAGGCAGCUGGUUAAAGACUCUUUAUCAGCUUUGUGAAGCGUCCUGCUCGGAGGUCAUGAUGAGAUGCAGCUGAACCCUGAAGAUGAGCAAGUCACGAACCUACAUUCAGGAUCCAGACAUUGGUUCUGGUUGAACUGAACCGGGCCGCGGGUUAGGGUUGGGGUAGGGUUAACCCUAACCCUGGUUAUUGGUUGGUAUCGGUUGGUAUCGGUUGUUAACGGUUGUUAACGGUUGUUAACGGUUGGUAUCGGUUGGUAUCGGUUGGUAUCGGUUGUUAUCGGUUGGUAUCGGUUGUUAACGGUUGGUAUCGGUUGGUAUCGGUUGGUAUCGGUUGUUAUCGGUUGUUAUCGGUUGGUAUCGGUUGUUAACGGUUGUUAACGGUUGGUAUCGGUUGUUAUCGGUUGUUAUCGGUUGUUAUCGGUUGUUAACGGUUGUUAACGGUUGUUAUCGGUUGGUAUCGGUUGUUAACGGUUGUUAUCGGUUGUUAUCGGUUGUUAACGGUUGUUAUCGGUUGUUAUCGGCUGGUAUCGGCUGGUAUCGGUUGGUAUCGGUUGUUAACGUUUGGUAUCGGUUGUUACCGGUUGGUAUCGGCUGGUAUCAGCGGACAGGAUGCCGGCCCAUGCUGGGACUGGUGGGUUUGGGUUCAGCUGUAGAUUCUUGUUUCUCUACCUCUUGAACAUCUCCGGCUUAGUUUCAUGUUUCAUGAGGGACAAGUGGGAGGAGUCUCAUCAGCAGGGAAAAGUAGACUGAAUCUGCAGUUUGCAUGAAAAUAUCAACGCAGACUAAUUUAAUAAAAGAAGUCUGCGGUUGAAAAGCGUUGUUUUAGUGAGUGGAGGUGUUGAAGCCAUGCCCUGACCCUAGCCCCGACCCUAACUCUGACCCUAACUCUGACUCUGACCCUAACUCUGACCCUAGCCCCGACCCUAACUCUGACUGACCCUAAGUCUGACCCUAACUCUGACCCUAGCCCCGACCCUGACCCUAACUCUGACUCUGACCCUAACCCCGACCCUAACUCCGACCCUAACUCUGACUCGGACCCUCUAAAGUAGCACACUGUAUAUUUAAGGAACCGCUCUGAAGGGAGUUUGAUUGUGCUGCAGGUUGAAUUAGUCAGAGGAGAGACGUGUAUUUAAAAUAGAUCAUUGUUUGCUGUUGUAAUUUAUAAAUGGUUGUUAUUUCAAAUGGUUUUUUAAAGAAAACAAAAAUAAAAGACAGCGAUGAAACCAAAUGUC